CCCUGCUCUCUCCCCCUCAUGCUAAGCCAUAGAUUCCAUGGAGGAUGAAGAAGAGUGUGCAGAGAGUGCUGAUGGCUCUGGGUUACACUGCUGUGGUAAGGUGAGGUGGUGGUUAAGGUGGACAGAUGUAUGUUUAUUUUCUCUCCAUCCUUCCCACUUGGCCAGAACUGGAUAAACAAUUGACUUAAACCAGCCAGCCCACCCCACCAGCAUCCUCCCAGUGCAACCCCCCCCCCCCUCCAACCCUAAGUAAGUAGGUGUCACCUGGACAAGAAGAGAUGCAGAUGCAGAAUAUCUCUCUCUACGGCUCCAGCAGUUAUAGAGGCUUACAACUCGAAAAAACGAAAACAAAAAAAACUGAAGAUUCAUUCUCUGUGGAAUAUCAUCAUCAUCUCAACCAACCAAUGACACGGCAGCCCUGUCGACCAUGGGGAUAUUUUGUGAGUGAGAGCCUUGUGGGAAGACAGGACCACCCCUCUGGGGUCGUGGUCUGUGCUGGUCCACCCAACAUGGAGGGAACACCAUGAAGAGCAGUAUAGAAGGAUCGUUUUGUGCUUUGGAGAAUGUUCUCAGACAUUUCACUUCUAUUUGCACAGAGAAUGUUUUGCAAUGGCGGGAGCAAAAAAAUUGAUGUGAUAAUUACAAUAUCCGCUACUCACUGGAAACUGAGAAUAGAGGCCUAUGACGUUUUAAUUUGUAUUUUCGGUUUUCCUGUGCUUCUUGUAAUUGUCCAUGCUUUUUUGUCGUGUGUGGGGGGGGGGUCCUCUCUUGAAAAGAAAAAAAAGAAUAAGAACGUCAAGAGUUUCUAUUUGACAUGAAAGGACCGUGUGCCAGAUCCUCAGCAGCAGAAGAAAUGCAGUUGGCUGUGAGUGCUACCUCUCUCCAGGAUGUGUGGCAUAAUGUUGCACCAUAGGCCCUGAUCCAAACUAGGCCGUUGCCCUGUCAGCUAAAGCUCCUUAUAGUACCACCAGAGACCUGUUAACCUGUCUGUCAAUCACACAGACCACACUAGCUUGAUUUGUGCCCGCAACUUGGUCUCCGUUUACAACUUUAGACAAAGAUUAGCAGCGCAAACAUAGCCAGCCAACAACCAACACAUCUGUUCUGCUCAUUUGGAGAAAUAACUUGAAUCCAUGUUCAAAUUCUUUAAAAUGUACUUGUUGGACUCGUGACAAAUCAAUUCACAUGAAUUGAAAAUAACAGGGGUAAUGAACAUGCCGAGUUCAAAAAAAGCUCUAAAAAGCUUUGUAAAUGCUUUCAUGUAUCUGAUGACUGUGGAUAAGAAAGGACAGGUUUAGACAAUCACUGAGAACCUUUGAGGGAAAUUUGGUGUGGUUUCCUGUGACUUGGGGUUGCUCUGCCCCCAUUGGAUUAGGUCGGAUGCAGUGAAUACUUUAGUAUGACGCUUAACGUGAAGAAAUUAAUUUACAAAUAUUAUUUGACCCAGAAUAUGUGAACAAUGUGGUAUAAACGCCCUAAAUAUAACAGUCAAUUGUAUUACCCAUUCAAUUCUACACAACACUGGUGUGAACUUGAACAUGAUUAGUCAGAUGAAAAUAACAAUUGUCUUUUUCAAUUGUGGUCAUGUACCUGCCCUCGCAUUUGUGUGACCUUUAAAGAGGAUCUUGCUUCCGUUAAAAAAACAAGGAAUUUAUGUCAAACAAGACACACACACUAGGUGGCAGCCAAUAUGGAUUCCAAUGGAUGAGAUGCACAGGAAUACAGUGAAGAGGGAAUGUGAGUAGAGGGAUUAUAAUGUGUCGAGGCUCAAAUGCUGACUGAGCGAUUCGUCUGUAUUGUAUCCCCUCGCUCGGACAGCUGUUUUAACAGAGGUUUUAUGUCGAAGAAAUACGUGAGUAAAUAAAUGAAAAUGAAUGAAUAAAUAAAUAAAGGUAUCUAAUAGUAAAUGUAUUUCCACUCCAGUGUAAUAUUUGUUUGUCUGCGUGUGUGCUUGUGCGAGACUUCAUUCUAUUGAACACGAGAUGGCACCCGAGAGCCAUGUCAUCCACAGACACACCCACAUAAACACUGCGGAUCACGGUUUAACGACGCAUAACACGGGUCUCCUUUGGUAAAGAUAUUUGAUACGUGUUGCAUUUGGGUGUCGUGCGGCCAUAAAAGAGCACUAAAUCAACGAAACACUCAAAUAAAACCCAACUGUCUGACAUUUAAAAUCAGGCAUUAUCUCAGGGUAGCUGUGCGGUGCGGCAAGACCCGAUCGUCGCUCGUCGGCUCCUAGCGAAUAACAGUCGAGCAACCGGCGGCGCGCAGACUUCCAGCGGGGGAAACCGACGAGAGCCUCAUCACUCAGAACACCACUCACUGAUUAAGGCUACCUCCGAGCGGUGGGAGCUGGAUCGUGUUCCGUUCUGGGAGUUUGCUGAUAGUUUACUCCUGUGGGAUUGGGAUAAUUCACCGCUUGACUUCUACGUUCCUUGGUUAUGAAAUACAAACGCGGAGCGAACUCAGGCCAGGCCGGGCCUGCGGAGGACUAGCUUAGCCCCGCUAGCCGCUCUGCCCAGCGCUCUAGUGUUGUGCUCACUGGGUCACUGUGCUAGCCAGCUAGUGUUGUCGCUAGCGCCAACCGAUAAGAUAAACUGGACUGCUAGCUUGUUUUGGUGUGGACCCUUGGAGAAGAAAGAGGAACGUAUUGAAGUACAUAUCACUGAAGCCCUUUGCCUAACUUUCUGGAAGGAAUACGCAACGAAAUCGGAUUUUAAAAGUUAAAGACUCGCUAGCUUACUUUGUUGGUGAGCUAGCUGCCAGUGAUAAAUCAAAGUUCUGCUUUUGGGGAACAGUUCUUCAACCGAUUUUGCUUUUGACAGCGGACAGUUUGACUUGGAUGUUGUCGGCCAGACAGGAAUAAGUGUCGAACCUACCCCUUUGGAGCCGAUUGUCCACACGUACACCAGCGAGUGUGCAGCCAGUCUUUCUGUUACGGCUGGGCGCUAGGGCUGCCCGCACGGCUCUCCUUGCCCAAUGGAGGACCAUGACAACAUGGACUAUUUUUACCAGCAGGUAGUUCAGAAGGACGUUUCCCGAAGGAUACAGGUCGGCCAGGACCUUAUCAACUACCUGAAUGAUCCCGAACGCUCACCGGACGUGGAGCAAGAUAAACCCCGAUUGGAUAAGACCAUAGACGAGCUAACGGGAUGGGUGAACGCAAGCAAUUUCAAGGUGGUGCUGUUGGGUAUCGACAUAUGCGGGGCUUUUGUGGACCGCAUGGGCGAACGCUUCAAAGGCUACCUGGGAACAGUGGUGCCAGCGCUGGUUGACCGGCUUGGAGACUCUAAGGACCAGGUUAGGGAGAACAGCCAGACGCUCAUCCUUCGCUGUAUGGAGCAGACGGCCUCGCCCAUGUACGUGUGGGAGCGGCUAAUUCCCGGGUUCAAGCACAAGAACUUCCGCAGUCGAGAAGGAGUCUGCUUGUGUCUCUGCGCCACCCUCAGCAAUUAUGGGGCCCAAUCACUGAGCCUCAGUAAACUUGUCCCCCAUCUCUGCACUCUGACAGGAGAUCAGAACCCACAGGUGCGCGAAGCCUCCAUCACAGCUCUGGUGGACGUGUACCGCUACGUUGGCGAGCGCGUCCGAGCAGACCUGAGCAAGAGAGGGCUCCCUGCGGCACGGCUCCAGACGUUAUUAGGCCGUUUUGAUGACGCGUUGAACUCGGGCAACAUGGCGCUCAGCCCAAGUCAUGACCGGAGCUUCGAGGAUGACGACAGCGUGGACGGGAACCGGCCGUCCUCGGCGGCCUUCAAGGUGCCCAAAGUCCCCAAGAAGCCUGCAGAGUCUGCAGCCGCCCGUCGGCCCAGCGCCACCGGCUCCAAGCUGGCGGCCAAGGAAGGAGGAGCCGGGGCCAUCGACGAGGAGGACUUCAUCAAGGCCUUCACAGAUGUCCCCCAAGUGCAGAUCUACUCGGCCAGGGACCUGGAGGACAACCUGAACAAGAUCCGCGAGAUCUGCUCCGACGACAAACACGACUGGGACCAGAGGGCCGCUGCUAUGAAGAAGGUGCGCUCUCUCCUGGUGGCCGGUGCGGCCGACUACGACUGCUUCUACCAGCACCUGCGUCUGCUGGACGGGGCCUUCAAGCUGUCCGCUAAGGACCUGCGCUCGCAGGUGGUGCGCGAGGCCUGCAUCACCGUGGCCAACUUGUCGAUGGUGCUGGGGAACAAGUUUGACCAUGGAGCGGAGGCCAUCGUGCCCAUCCUUUUCAACCUCAUCCCCAACUGUGCCAAAGUCAUGGCCACGUCCGGGGUGUUCGCCAUCCGCUUCAUCAUACGCCACACUCAUGUUCCCAGGCUUAUACCCCUCAUCACUAGUAACUGUACAUGCAAGUCCGUGGCAGUCCGAAGGCGCUGCUUUGAUUUCCUGGACCUGCUGCUACAAGAGUGGCAGACCCACUCUCUGGAGAGACACACAGCGGUUCUCAUCGACAGUAUCAAGAAGGGACUGGGAGAUGCAGACUCUGAGGCAAGAGUUGAAGCUCGCAAGGCCUACUGGGGUCUGAGGAACCACUUCCCGUCAGAGACCGACGCCCUGUUCAACUCCCUGGAGCCGUCGUACCAGCGCACCCUGCAGUCCUGCCUGCGCAGCUCCGGCAGCGUGGCCUCCCUGCCCCAGAGCGACCGCUCCUCCUCCUCCUCCCAGGAGAGCCUCAAUCGCCCUCUAACCUCCAAAUGGUCAGCCGCCCCGGGGAGAGUCCGCGUGGGGUCAAAGCCUGGCCUGUCGCCGGCCUCCCUGCAGCGUUCCCGUAGCGACGUGGAUGUGCACGCGGCCGCGGUCGCUAAGCACCGGAGCUUGGGCCAGGCCCGGGCAACGGGCAGACUGACCCCCGGCUCCUAUUCAUCACUGGAUGAUGCCUCUGAUAAACCGGAUGGCCGCUUGAGGACCAAGCAGCCUCUGUCCACCCCAAGCGCCGCCACCAUCAGCAGCCAGGUGGACUCCCGGGGCCGCACCCGCACCAAGAUGGUGUCCCAGUCCCAACGUUCUGACGAAUCGGAUUGCACGCCAGCCGGCAGUCGCAGCGGAUCCCCCGGCCGCGUGCUGACCACGACGGCCCUCAGCACCAUGAGCUCCGGGGCCCAGAGGGUCCUGGCCGGGACCGGCGGGGCCACGGCCCCCGGACACAGACGCAGCCGCAUCCCCCGGAGCCAAGGCUGUUCCAGGGACUCCUCCCCCACCCGGCUGUCUGUCGCUCCCUCCAGCAUUAGUUCCAUCUACAACGGAGCCAGCAGAGGAGCUCGAGGCAGUCGUAUCCCCCGGCCCAGUAUGAGUCAGGGCUGCAGCCGGGAGGCCAGCAGGGAGAGCAGCCGUGACACCAGCCCCAUUCGCUCCUUCACACCCCUGGCAGCACGGAGCUAUUCUCGCUCCACAGGGGCUCUCCACACACCUGAUACUUUUGGGGCUGCAGGGACGACAGGGUACAGCAUUAGUCAGUCCAGUCGCUUGUCGUCUUCGGUCAGCGCCAUGAGGGUCCUGAACCAGGGCUCCGACAUCGAGGAGGCGGUCGCAGACGCCCUGCUGUUGGGAGACAUGCGCUCUAAGAAGAAGCCUGCGCGGCGGCGCUAUGAGAACUACAGCAUGUACUCUGACGACGACGCCAACAGCGACGCCUCCAGCGCCUGCUCGGAGCGCUCCUACAGCUCCCGCAACGGGGGGGCCAUCCCCACCUACAUGAGGCAGACGGAGGACGUGGCCGAGGUGCUGAAUCGCUGUGCCAGUGCCAACUGGUCCGAGAGGAAGGAGGGACUUCUGGGACUGCAAGCCCUGCUCAAGAACCAGCGCACUCUCAGUCGAGUGGAGCUGAAAAGGUUGUGUGAAAUCUUCACCAGAAUGUUUGCAGACCCACAUAGUAAGCGAGACUCCGGCAGAACGUACGGCACGGCAGAAUCCGGUAUAAGCUCUGCUUCCUUCAAGAGAGUGUUCAGCAUGUUCCUGGAGACCCUGGUGGACUUCAUCCUGGUCCACAAGGAGGACCUGCAGGACUGGCUCUUCGUCCUGCUCACCCAGCUGCUGAAGAAGAUGGGCGCCGACCUGCUGGGCUCCGUCCAGGCCAAGGUCCAGCGGGCCCUGGACGUCACGCGCGAGUCUUUCCCCAACGACCUGCAGUUCACCAUCCUCAUGAGGUUCACCGUGGACCAGACGCAGACCCCUAACCUGAAGGUGAAGGUGGCCAUCCUGAAGUACAUUGAGACGCUGACCCUGCAGAUGGAGGCGCCGGACUUCGUGAACCUCAGCGAGACACGCCUGGCCGUUUCCCGCAUCAUCACCUGGACCACGGAGCCCAAGAGCUCCGAAGUCCGCAAGGCGGCCCAGGCGGUGCUGAUCUCCCUGUUCCAGCUCAACACCCCAGAGUUCACCAUGCUGCUGGCUGCGCUGCCCAAGACCUUCCAGGACGGAGCCACCAAGCUGCUGCAGAACCACCUGAGGAACACCGGGAACGCUGCCCAGGCCACCAUGGGCAGCCCCCUGACGCGCCACACCCCCCGCUCGCCGGCCAGCUGGACUAGCCCCCUCACCUCCCCCACCAACACCUCCCACCAGAACACGCCGUCGCCCAGCGCGUUCGACUACGACACGGAGAACAUGAACUCGGAGGACAUCUACAGCUCUCUGAAGGGCGUGACCGAUGCCAUCCAGAACUUCAGCGUGCGCAGCCAGGAGGACAUGAACGAGCCCGCCCGCCGGCGCGAGGGGGAGGAGCAGGGCGGCAGCGGACCAGAGGGCCGGCCGGGGGACGGGGUGGACGGCGGCCGCAUGGCGCUGGACAACAAGACGUCCCUCCUCAACACGCCCCUGCUCUCCAGCCCCCGGGGGGCCCGCGACCACUUCUCCGACUCUCCCUUCAAACACAGCCUGAAGGACAGCAGCAUAGACGACUUGGAGCAGAGCGCAGAUGACGGCAGCGGCUUGGACCAAUCGGAGCUGGUGGCGGAGCUGCUGAAGGAGCUGUCCAAUCACAACGAGCGUGUGGAGGAGCGGAAGGGGGCGCUGUGUGAGCUGCUCAGGCUGAUCCGCGAGAACACGCUGCAGGUGUGGGACGAACACUUCAAGACCAUCCUGCUGCUGCUGCUGGAGACGCUGGGAGACCGGGAGCAUGUGAUCCGUGCGCUGGCCCUGCGGGUGCUGAGGGAGAUCCUCAGCAAACAGCCGUGGAGGUUCAAGAACUACGCUGAGCUCACCAUCAUGAAGGCCCUGGAGGCUCACAAGGACCCCCACAAGGAGGUGGUGCGGGCGGCGGAGGAGACGGCGGCCAUGCUGGCCCUGUCCAUCAGCCCCGACCAGUGCGUCAAGGUGCUGUGUCCCAUCAUCCAGUCGGCCGAGUACCCCAUCAACCUGGCCGCCAUCAAGAUGCAGACCAAGGUGAUCGAGAGGGUGCCCCCCGAGGGCCUGGGCGCCCUGCUGCCCGAGAUCGUCCCCGGACUGAUACUGGGUUACGACAACUCUGAGAGCAGCGUAAGGAAGUCGUGUGUGUUCUGCCUGGUGGCAAUCUACGCUGUCAUCGGAGAGGAGCUGAAACCACACCUCAGCCAGCUGUCCAGCAGCAAGCUCAAGUUGUUGAAUCUGUACAUCAAGCGCGCUCAGUCAGGCUCGGGCGGCGAGCCCUCCGCCGAGGGCCUAUAGAGGAGACGGCGCCCCCUGCAGGCCAACCGUGGGACUGCAACUCUGCCUGCUGAACAACAACAACAACAACAACAACUUGCACAUCCGUUCACAAACUCAGAGCCACACCACGAGACUGGAAAACGAGAACCACAACCUGACACACGUGCAGAGACAAAAAAGUUCCACCCGACAGACCCUCACCCAUCAUUUGAGUUGUUAUUCAGCCUCAAAUCUCUAUCUUCCAUUGAAACAUGGUGCGCACACACACCCACACUCUCACACACCCACACUCUUACACACCCACACUCUCACACACCCACACACUCAAACCCACACUCACUCACACACCCACACACUCACCAACACACUCACACACUCACACUCACUCACACCCACACACACACACACACCAAAACUACAAUGAUGUAGCCAAAACCCACCACCAGGAGUGGGACAUGGGCAUGGCUGUUACAUUUCUCCUGAAACUGCGCCAGCACCUGGGAGUGGUCUGUGUGUGUGUGUGCGUGUUUGUGUGUGCGUGUGUGUGUGUGUAUAUACACUCUCACUCUUUCAAAAGGUGCUGAUGAGCCGAAAGGUACGACCCCCGACCCAGCACAGCACAAGGCUCACGGUCAUAAGGGCCUUUGCAGGUCAUCCUCUGGGCAUCACAUAGAAGCAGAGUCCAGCGUAUAGGAGGCAUAAUGUGCUUGGCUAUGCAUGAGACAUUUGUUUUUUUUUUAAUUAACUUUUUAUCGAGAUAACAGCUAUAGACAGUACGUGUGUC